AUGAUACGGUCCCGGAAGUCGGCCGGGUUGCUGGGCUACGGGCUGAGGGGCUGCUGGGGUGCUGCCCUUGGAGUCUCCGUGAUUCAUGCCCGCUUGGAGGCGGCGGCGGCGGCGCGAUGUUCUCCGCAGGAGCGGAGAGUUUGCUCCACCAGGCCAGGGAGAUCCAGGAAGAGGAGCUGAAGAAGUUCUGUUCCCGGAUCAGUAAAUUACUGCAGACGGAGGACUUGGGGCCGGACACCGUCGACUCCCUGCAGAGGCUCUUCCUCAUCAUCUCAGCCACAAAGUACCACCGGAGGCUGGAGAAGAUGUGCAUAGACCUGCUGCAGGCUACCCUCAGCCUGCCUGCGUGCCCCGAGCAGCUCCAGGUGCUCUGCACCGCCAUCCUGCGAGAGAUGUCCCCCUGUGACAGCCUGAGCCUGGCCUGGGAUCACACCCAGAACAGCCGGCAGCUGAGCCUGGUGGCCUCCGUGCUCUUGGCCCAGGGUGACAGAAAUGAGGAGGUCCGAGCCGUGGGCCAGGGCGUGCUGCGGGCCCUGGAGAGCCGGCAGCCAGAGGGGCCCAGCUUCAGACACCUCCUCCCUGUCAUGGCCAAGGUCGUGGUCCUCAGCCCAGGCACCCUCCAGGAGGACCAGACCACCCUGCUCAGCAAGCGGCUGGUUGACUGGCUGCGCUAUGCCAGCCUCCAGCAAGGGUUCCCGCACUCUGGCAGCUUCUUCUCCACGCCCAGGGCCCGGCAGCCGGGCCCCAUCACCGAGGUGGACGGGGCGGUGGCCACAGACUUCUUCACAGUGCUGUCUACUGGCCACCGCUUCACGGAGGACCAGUGGCUGAACGUGCAGGGCUUCUCCAUGCUGCGGGCGUGGCUGCUGCACAGCGGCCCUGAGGGCCCAGGUGCCCUGGACACAGAUGACGGGUCAGAGCAGGAAGGCUCCAUGCUGUCGGUGAUCUCCGCCACCUCCUCUGCUGGCCGCCUGCUGCCGCCCCGGGAGCGGCUUCGGGAGGUGGCCUUCGAGUACUGCCAGCGCCUCAUUGAGCAGAGUAACCGGCGUGAGUCCCCCACCCAGGCACAGGCCCCCCGGCUCCACCCACCUGCCAUGCAAGGAGCCCUGAGGAAGGGGGACUCUGACCUGCAGAAAGCUUGCCUGGUGGAGGCCGUGCUGGUGCUGGACGUGCUGUGCCGGCAGGACCCGUCCUUCCUGUACCGCAGCCUCUCCUGCCUGAAGGCCCUGCACGGGCGGCUGCAGGGGGACCCCGCCUCUGUGCGGGUGCUGCUGCCUCUCGCCCGCUUCUUCCUGAGCCAUGGGGAGGUGGCUGCGGUGGACUCGGAAGCAGUCUGCCGGCACCUGUUCACCAGGAUCCCGUCUGAGCAGUUCCACAGCCCCAUGCUGGCCUUCGAGUUCAUCCAGUUCUGCAGGGACAACCUCCACCUGUUUGCUGGGCACCUCAGUACCCUCAGAUUGAGCUUCCCCAACCUCUUUAAGUUCCUGGCCUGGAACAGCCCACCCCUCACCUCUGAGUUCGUGGAGCUCCUCCCGGCCCUGGCGGACGCCGGCACGGCGCUGGAGAUGCUGCACGCGCUGCUGGACCUGCCGUGCCUGACUGCGGCGCUGGACCUGCAGCUCAGGUCAUCGCCAGCUCCAUCCGAGAGGCCACUCUGGGACACCUCUCUCCGGGUCCCCAGCUGCCUGGAGGCCUUCCGGGACCCAAAGUUCCAGGGUCUUUUCCAAUACCUGCUGCGCCCCAAGGCCAGUGGCACCAUUGAGAGGUUGGCACCGCUCCACCAGCUGCUGCAGCCCAUGGCCAGCUGCGCCCGCGUGGCCCAAUGUGCUGAGGCCGUGCCCACACUGCUGCAGGUGUUCUUCUCAGCGGUGACCCAGGUGGCUGAUGGGGCUCUGACCAACCAGCUGGCACUGCUGCUCCUGGGCAGGAGCGACUCUCUCUACCCUGCACCAGGGUAUGCGGCCUGUGUGUACAGGGUGCUGAGCUCCCAGUUCCUGGCCCUGUGUAAGCUGAAGCCCUCCCUGGUGGUGGAGCUGGCGAGAGACCUGCUGGAGUUCCUGGGCAGCGUGAAUGGCCUCUGCAGCCGGGCGAGCCUUGUCACCAGCGUGGUGUGGGCCAUCGGCGAGUACCUGUCAGUGACCUACGAUCGGAGGUGCACCGUGGAGCAGAUCAACAAGUUCUUUGAAGCCCUGGAGGCCCUGCUGUUCGAGGUCACCCAGUGCCGCCCCUCUGCCACCCUGCCCAGCUGUCCCCCACAGGUGGUCACUGUGCUGAUGACAACGCUGACGAAGCUGGCCUCCCGGAGCCAAGACCUGAUCCCCAGGACCUCGCUGUUGCUGUCAAAGAUGAGGAACCUGGCUCAGAGCCCGGACAGCAGCUCCACGCACAGUGAGGAGGGCAUGGAAGCCAUCCGCACCCGGGCCACGGAGCUGCUGACCCUGCUGAAGAUGCCCAGUGUGGCCCAGUUCGUGUUCACGCCCAGCGUGGAGAUGUGCAGCCCCCGCUAUCACCGCGACGCCAACACAGCCCUGCCCCUGGCUCUGCGCACAGUCAGCCGGCUGGUGGAGAGGGAGGCUGGCCUCCUGCCAGGGUGAAGGGACAGGGACCAGGGAUGCUGGCGCAGAUUAAGAACCUGGGGCCACCAGCUUGCUGUUAGGGCCAAGCUGUCAGCUUUCGUGAUGGAGAGGAACU